GAAACUUUUCCUGUUGAAUAGGUGUUGAAUAAGUGCUGAACAAAAAAAAACGAAGAGAGCACCCUUUAAAAUGCCUUGAAGUUCUCUGGUGCGUACAAGUGGCCACUAGUUUUGUUUUCUCUCUGUGACUACAAAGUGCCCUCUUCGUUGAAACCAUUCUCACUGCAGUCUGCAUUCUUGAUUUCUGUCAAACUCCAACGACCUCCAAAACUCUUUUCUUGAAUAAACUUCUUGAAAAUGGCACGACAAGAUCCUAAUCCAUUUGCUGAUGAAGAGACCAAUCCUUUUGCGGAUAAUAAAAGUGUUCCUCCUGCAAGCAACUCCUCCUAUCUCAAGCCGCUUCCACCUGAACCUCAUGAUCGUGGUGCAACAGUCGAUAUCCCUUUGGAUUCCAGCCAGGUACCACCAUAUCUUCGAUAUACCUUCUACAUUUUGCCUUUCAAUGUUUGCUCAAAAUCUGGUUUCUGUUUGAAGGAUCUUCGAGCUAAAGAGAUGGAACUUCAGGCUAAGGAGAACGAACUGAAACGUAAAGAGCAGGAGCUUAAAAGAAGAGAAGAUGCAAUAGCGCGAACUGGAGUUGUCAUUGAGGAGAAGAAUUGGCCAGAGUUUUUCCCUCUAAUUCAUCAUGACAUUACUAACGAGAUUCCUAUUCAUUUACAGAAGAUACAAUAUGUCGCAUUCGCCACAUUGUUAGGGUUGAUAGCAUGCCUCUUGUGGAAUAUUGUGGCAGUAACUGUAGCUUGGAUCAAUGGAGGAGGUCCGACUAUAUGGCUUCUCUCAAUCAUCUACUUCAUUUCUGGUGUCCCUGGGGCUUACGUCUUAUGGUAUCGUCCUCUUUACCGAGCUACCAGAACUGAUAGUGCCCUGAAGUUUGGAACUUUCUUCUUGUUUUACUUGUUUCACAUUGCGUUCUGCGGCUUUGCUGCAGUUGCUCCACCAGUCGUCUUUCGAGGAAAGUCCCUCACAGGUUUCUUACCAGCAUUUGAGUUUCUAACUACUAAUGCUGUGGUCGGGAUAUUGUAUUUCAUUGGGGCGGGCUUCUUCUGCAUCGAAACACUUCUCAAUAUAUGGCUGAUUCAGCAAGUAUAUGCAUACUUCCGAGGGAGUGGCAAAGCUGCACAGAUGAAGCGUGAAGCUACAAACUCGAUGGUGCGUGCACUAUGAAGCCAACACUCAAUUGACGGUGGCUUGAGAUGAAAUCUUGAACUCUCUCCACACAACAUUUGACACAAACCCCCUCUCUUUGCAAAGUCUAGCCUCACACAUUUUUUCUUACUUUGUAAAAGACUAAAUCAAGCUACCUUAAGCCCCCAAAACUGUGUGGGUUUAAUUGUCAAAAAACAUUUCUUCAUGAAUGAUAAAAAAGCAUGAUCCUUAGUGGGAUAUGAACCUUUAUAACUGUCUAAUGAGCAUCAAUCCAGCAACCUUGAGUGGUGGUACUUUGGUUACUUGAAGCACAUAGCUCAUGUGGUACUUCGGUUCAAACAAAUGUAGAGAUAAAGGCCAUGUCAUAUGAAGUGCAACUAUGCAACUAUAUAUUAUAAAUUAAAAUAAAAUAUACACCAAAAAAGAAAAAAAAAAAGA